AAGGGGAAAAAUUUUAAUUUAAAGAAAAUAUCUUAGGGCUUGUAUGGAAAUUGCAAAAUCGCGUGCGACCUGCAUAGUGGCAUCACCGAUUCCGUUAAGUUCGCUUCUCUGUGGCCCUUGCUCCAGGAGAUCUAUCGUUCAGUGUUCCGAAAGUUGCGGCUUUUAGAGAGAGAAAAUUGGUGGCAGCUGCAACUGCAGAGGGAGACUGUAGGGGGGGGGGAUGGGACGAUGGUUUUUUGAACGUUCGGAUCGGAGGGACAAAGUGGAGUUUUCUUGGAUAUUUGGAGGGAUUUGAGAUUUUCGUUUAUUUUUUAAUUUUAAAAAAAGCGAAUUUGGUGUGACGGAUUCGUAUUUUGGGAUUUGGAUACGUAUCCUAUUGAAUUCUGGCCUAAGUGCAUGCAAUCGGCUGGGGGUGGGCCCGCCCGGAACCCAGGGGUGGGGCCGGCUGGGCGGGCGACAUCUACAUCGUCAGCCGCAUCACCAUCUUCUUCAUCGUCGGCAGUGUCAACGUCGCAUUUGGGGCUGGACUCGUUGCAGCAACAGCAACAACAUCAACAACCACAGCACCAGAUAGGUUCUAGGCAGUCAUUGCAACAGCAAUUACUUCGAAAACCUGAAGGGAAUGAAUCCUUUUUAGCAUAUCAAGCAGCCCUUCACGGGGCAUUUGGGGGUAACAAUUUUUCAUCUCCCAGUCCCAUGCAGUUGCAACAAUCUCGGAAGUUCAAUGAAUUAACCCAACAGGGUCCCAGCCAAGAGGCCCAACUCAAGGUUCAAAACAUUGAGCAGCAAAUGCUAAAUCCUGUUCAUCAAGCAUACCUUCAAUAUGCACUCCAGGCUGCCCAACAAAAGUCUGCUUUGGCAAGCCAGUCUCAGCAGCAAAAUAAAAUAGGGAUGUUAGGGUCUUCAUCUGUGAAGGAUCAAGAAAUGCGUAUGGGAAAUUUGAAAAUGCAGGAGCUUAUGUCUAUGCAGGCAGUAAAUCAAGCUCAAGGAUCUACCUCCAGGAAUGUAUCUGAACAAUUUUCUCAUGGGGAAAGGAAGAUAGAGCAGGGACAGCAGUUAGCCCCUGAUCUAAAAAGUGAGGGAAAGCCUUCAACCCAGGGACCGGCCGCAGCACAAUUAAUGCCUGGAAAUAUGAUAAGACCUGUACAAACACCCAAUGCUCGGCAGGGCAUCCAAAAUGUCAUGAACAACCAGAUUGCAGUGUCUGCUCAAUUACAGGCUAUGCAGGCAUGGGCACGUGAGCGUAAUGUUGAUCUAUCACAUCCUGCAAAUGCUAACUUAAUGGCGCAGCUCUUUCCUAUGAUGCAGUCGAGGAUGGUUUCUCAACACAAAGCAAAUGAGAGCAGCAUUGGUGCUCAGUCAUCACUUGUACCUGUUUCAAAGCAGCAGGUUACAUCUCCAGCAGGUGCAAGUGAUAGCUCAGCACAUGCUAAUUCAUCAAGUGAUGCAUCUGGGCUGUCUGGUCCUGCAAAAGCCAGGCAAAUUCCUUCCAACCAUUUUGGUCCACCAACUAAUGCUGUUACAGCUAGCCAUUCCAGUGACACGGCAGUGCAGCAAUUUAAUAAUCAUGGCAGAGAGUCUCAAGCAUCCAUAAGGCAACCUGCUUUAGUUGGAAGUGGAAUGCCUUCUGCACCACCCCAACAGUCUUCUACCAGCAUGAGUUUGGGUUCAGAUCAUCAUUUGAAUGCAAAAAGUACUUUAUCUGGUUCAGAACCUCCACAAAUGCAGCAUAUAAGGAAGUUAAACCAAUCAUCUCCUCAGGCAUCAGGUAGUACAAAUGAAGGGAGCUCAGGAAAUCAUGUGAAAUCCCGAGGGGCACCAUCUCAGACGCCUCAACAACGACAUGGAUUUACCAAACAACAGCUGCAUGUUCUUAAAGCACAAAUACUGGCAUUUAGGCGGCUCAAGAAAGGAGAGGGUAACCUUCCCCAAGAACUUCUUCAGUCUAUUGUACCAUCACCUCUUGAGCCGCAAUUGCAGCAGCCAAUCCAUCCUUCCGGAUGGCAGAAUCAAGAUAAGUCUGCUGGAAACAUCAUGCCAGAGCACUCAAGGCUCAUAGAAUCUGAAGCAAAGAACUUGCAAAAUGUCCCUGUAGUUAGUGGACAGGGUUCUUCAAAGCAGGAAAAUUUUGCAAGAAAUGAGAAAUCCACUGUCUCAGCAGUUCAUAUGCAAGCUAAACCUGUGGCGACAAAGGAUCCUGCUCCCAUGCUAUCUUCUCAAGAGGAAGAGCAACAACCAUUUGGUUGCUUUGUUAAGUCAGAUCUGGAAAGUGAACGUGAAACUAACAGAAAUCCUGUUAGGAAUGAGUUGCCGUUAGACAGGGGAAAGGCUAUUGCACCACAGCCUUCUGCUUCUGAGUCAAUGCAAAAUAAGAACCCUUCACAAACAAGCAUGGUUGGGCAGCCAAAAGAUAUAGGAUCUACAAGAAAAUAUCAUGGACCUCUAUUUGAUUUCCCCUUCUUUACUAGGAAACAUGACUCCUUUGGGUCAUCGAUGAUGGUAAGCAGCAACAAUAAUUUGUUAUUGGCAUAUGAUGUCAGAGAUCUUCUUGCUGAGGAAGGCACGGAAGUGCUUAGCAAGAAAAGGACAGAGAAUUUAAAGAAGAUUGAAGAUCUACUAGCAAACAACUCAGAGAGGAAACUAAUGAAGCCAGAUCUUGUGUUGAGGUUACAAAUUGAAGAGAAAAAACUUCAUCUUAGAGGUCUUCAGGCACGUUUAAGGGAUGAGGUUGAUCAACAGCAACAAGAGAUAAUGGCAAUGCCAGACAGGCAAUAUCGUAAGUUUGUUAGGCUCUGUGAGCGUCAGCGUAUAGAACUGGCUAGGCAAGUGCAGGCAUCACAGAGAGCUAUAAGGGAGAAGCAACUCAAAUCUAUAUUUCAGUGGCGUAAGAAGCUUCUUGAGGCACACUGGGCAAUACGUGAUGCUCGGACUGCUCGGAACAGGGGGGUGGCAAAAUAUCAUGAGAGAAUGUUAAGGGAAUUUUCGAAACGUAAAGAUGAUGACAGGAAUAAAAGGAUGGAAGCCUUGAAAAAUAAUGAUGUUGACAGAUAUAGGGAGAUGUUGCUGGAGCAGCAGACUAGCAUGGCGGGUGAUGCUGCUGAGAGAUACUCUGUUGUUUCAACUUUCUUAACGCAGACAGAAGAGUAUCUUCAUAAGCUGGGAAGUAAGGUAACGGCUGCCAAGAAUCAACAGGAAGUAGAGGAGGCAGGAAAAGCUGCUGCUGCUGCUGCCCGGUUGCAGGGUCUUUCUGAAGAAGAAGUCAGAGCAGCAGCAGCUUGUGCUGGAGAAGAAGUGAUGAUUAGAAAUCGUUUUAUAGAGAUGAAUGCUCCUAAAGAUGGUUCAUCUGUCAGCAAAUAUUACAGCCUUGCUCAUGCUGUGAAUGAGAAGGUCAUAAGGCAACCAUCAAUGUUGCGGGCUGGAACAUUGAGAGAUUAUCAGCUUGUCGGCUUGCAAUGGAUGCUUUCUUUGUAUAACAACAAGUUAAAUGGAAUUUUGGCAGAUGAGAUGGGUCUUGGCAAAACUGUGCAGGUUAUGGCAUUGAUUGCCUAUUUAAUGGAAUUCAAAGGAAAUUAUGGCCCACAUCUCAUAAUAGUCCCGAAUGCUGUUUUGGUUAACUGGAAGAGCGAGUUUUAUAACUGGUUGCCAUCUGUGUCAUGCAUUUUUUAUGUUGGAGGGAAGGAUCAACGAUCAAAAUUAUUUUCUCAAGAGGUUUGUGCGUUGAAAUUUAAUGUCCUUGUGACAACUUAUGAGUUCAUCAUGUAUGACCGGUCAAAGCUUUCAAAAAUUGAUUGGAAGUAUAUCAUAAUUGAUGAAGCACAAAGGAUGAAAGAUAGGGAUUCAGUUCUAGCACGUGAUCUUGAUCGAUAUCGUUGUCAAAGACGCCUACUUUUGACUGGAACCCCCUUACAGAAUGAUUUGAAGGAGCUUUGGUCACUUUUAAACCUACUCCUUCCUGAGGUUUUUGACAAUCGGAAAGCAUUUCAUGAUUGGUUCUCAAAACCUUUUCAAAAGGAAGGCCUUGGUCAAAAUGCAGAGGAUGAUUGGCUUGAGACAGAAAAGAAAGUUAUAGUUAUCCACCGACUUCAUCAGAUUCUUGAGCCCUUCAUGCUUAGGCGUCGUGUUGAGGAUGUAGAAGGCAUGCUGCCAGCAAAGGUCUCUAUAGUUUUGCGAUGUAGAAUGUCAGCUAUCCAGAGUGCUAUUUAUGACUGGGUCAAAUCCACUGGUACCCUUCGUCUUGAUCCUGAGGAUGAGAAACACAAGGUUCAAAAGAAUCCAGUCUACCAGGCAAAGCAAUAUAAAACGUUAAAUAACAGAUGCAUGGAGCUGCGUAAAACUUGCAAUCAUCCGUUGCUUAACUACCCAUUCUUCAGUGACUUGUCCAAAGAUUUUCUUGUAAAAUCUUGUGGGAAACUGUGGAUCUUGGAUCGAAUCCUUAUAAAACUUCAAAGGACUGGACACCGAGUUCUGCUCUUUAGUACUAUGACAAAACUCUUAGACAUUUUAGAAGAGUACCUACAAUGGCGACGGCUUGUGUACAGAAGAAUUGAUGGAACAACAAGUUUAGAAGAUCGUGAAUCAGCUAUAGUGGAUUUCAACAGUGCUGGUUCAGACUGUUUCAUCUUCUUGCUUAGCAUUCGGGCUGCUGGGCGAGGCCUUAACCUUCAGUCUGCUGACACAGUUGUCAUAUAUGAUCCUGACCCAAAUCCCAAAAAUGAGGAGCAGGCAGUUGCUAGAGCUCAUCGCAUUGGGCAGAAAAGAGAAGUCAAAGUUAUCUACAUGGAAGCUGUUGUAGACAAAAUCUCCAGCUACCAAAAAGAGGAUGAACUGAGAAGUGGAGGCACUGUUGAUAUGGAGGAAGAACUUGUAGGUAAGGAUCGUUAUAUUGGAUCCAUUGAAAGCCUAAUAAGGAACAAUAUUCAACAGUAUAAGAUUGAUAUGGCCGAUGAGGUCAUUAAUGCUGGACGUUUUGACCAAAGAACAACACAUGAAGAGAGACGCUUGACUUUGGAGACAUUAUUACAUGAUGAAGAGAGGUAUCAGGAGACUCUCCAUGAUGUUCCCUCGCUACAGGAGGUAAAUCGCAUGAUUGCUAGGAGUGAGGAGGAGCUUGAAUUGUUUGAUCAGAUGGAUGAGGAAUUGGAUUGGAUUCAAGAGAUGACAAGUUAUGAUCAGGUGCCUAAGUGGCUUCGAGUAAGUACAAGAGAAGUAAAUGCCACUAUUGCUGCUUUAUCAAGAAGACCAUCAAAGAAUACUCUAUUGGGUGGUGAUGUUGGCGUGGAAUCCAGUGAAAUGGGAUCUGAAAGGAGAAGGGGACGACCCAAGGGAAAGAAGAAUCUUAAUUAUAAAGAGUUAGACGAUGAAAAUGAAGAAUUCUCUGAAGCAAGUUCUGAUGAAAGAAAUGAAUCUUCAGCCCAUGAAGAUGAAGGGGAGAUUGGAGAAUUUGAAGAUGAUGGACUGAGCGUGGCAGAUGGAGCUCAACCCAAUGGUAAGGAUCAAUUGGAAGAUGGUCCAAUUUGUGAUGUUCGAUAUGAAUUUCCUCCAUCUACAACAGAGAAUGUUAGAAACAAUCUUACAGCCGAAGGAUCUGGAUCCCCAGGCACGUCCUCAGACAGUCAAAGGUUGACACAGACAGUAUCUCCUUCAGUUUCCUCGCAGAAGUUUGGUUCCCUCUCUGCUUUGGAUGCCAGGCCAAGUUCCCUUUCAAAAAGGAUUACUGAUGAGUUAGAGGAGGGAGAAAUUGCUGUAUCUGGUGAUUCUCACAUGGAUAAUCAACAAUCUGGGAGUUGGAUUCAUGAUCGUGAUGAAGGUGAAGAUGAACAAGUUUUGCAACCUAAGAUUAAACGUAAACGUAGUCUUCGUGUUCGGCCUCGUCAUGCCCUGGAGAGGCCUGAGGAAAAGUUUGGUGGUGAGGUGGGAUCUCUUCACCGUGGAGAAUCAUCUCUUUUGUCUGUUCAUGCAGACCAUAGAUAUCAAGCGCAAGCAAGGACGGAUCCUGAAGAAAAGUCAUUUGGAGGAUCCAAUGCCAGCAGGCAUGAUCAGAAUGAGUCAUCCUUGAAAGUAAAGAGAAAUUUACCUUCAAGGAGAGUAGCUACUGCCUCCAAAUUUCAGGGCUCACCUAAGUCCAGUCGAUUGAACUGCAUUUCUACUUCUGAGGAUGGUGGACACUCGAGAGAAAGUUGGGAGGGGAAGCCUAUCAACUCUAGUGGGUCUUUGGCCUUAUCCUCUAAAAUGCCUGAAAUCAUCCAAAGAAGGUGCAAGAAUGUAAUUAGCAAGCUCCAAAGGAGAAUAGACAAGGAAGGUCAUCAAAUUGUACCUUUGCUAAAAGAUUUAUGGAAGAGGGUUGAAAAUUCUGGGUACACAGGUGGAUCUGGGAAUAGUCUGUUGGAUUUGCGGAAGAUUGACCAGCGAAUCGAUAGAUUGGAGUAUAGUGGUGUGAUGGAGCUUGUGUUUGAUGUGCAGUUCAUGCUGAAGAAUGCAAUGCAUUUUUAUGGGUUUUCACACGAGGUAAGAUCUGAAGCAAAGAAGGUUCAUGAUCUCUUUUUUGAUAUCUUGAAAAUUGCUUUUCCUGAUACGGAUUUUCGAGAAGCAAGAAAUGCACUUCCUUUCUCGGGUCAAAUAUCAGUCGGUGCUGUAACAUCUCCCAGGCAAAUGGCUGGUACCCAAACCAAGAGGCACAGGACGAUAAGCGAGGUGGAAACUGAUGCAAGCCCUUCACAGAAGCACCUGCAACGUGGAUCUGCUUCAAGUGGGGAAAACACCAGGAUCAGAGUUCACAUUCCACAGAAGGAAUCAAAAUCUGGAAAUGGAGGUGGCAACAUCCGGGAACUUCAGCAGGAUGAUUCUCCACUGCUUACUCAUCCAGGUGAACUGGUUGUAUGCAAGAAGAGAAGAAAUGACAGGGACAAAUCAUUGGUGAAGUCUAGGACUGGGUCAGUUGGCCCGGUCUCACCACCCAGUAUGGUCCCUGCUGCAAGAAGUCCAAGGCUUGGUUCAGUCCCAAAGGAUGCAAGACUGGCGAUUGGCCAGCCAUCUCAGCAACCUAAUGGCCCUGGUGGGUCAGUUGGCUGGGCAAAUCCGGUAAAGCGGUUAAGGUCAGAUUCUGGGAAGAGAAGACCAAGUCAUCUGUAGAUUUCUCGAGGGAUUCACAUUAUGGAAAAAGGAUGCUGUUAGAUUGAGGAAGAAUUUGUUAGCUUAAAAAUAGAGUUUAGCCCAUACUGUUAAUAUAGAUUUUUAGGUCCUCCACCAUUGUCAUUCAUGAUACCUCAUUGCUUUAAAUAUCAAUGGUUCUCCAAUUUUUUGUAUCCGGGUAUCUGCGUUUUGAGGCAGUUGUGUUCCUUAUAGAUAGGUGAAAAUCAUGUAUAGUUAACUCGUUGCUUCGUGAUAGUCAAAGGCAUCCGCCAAUGUAAGUAAAAGCUUUAUUCACUAGUUCCCUACCAAAUUAUUUAUUAUGGGAAUUAAGUAUGGAAUGAACCUCUUCACUUGCGUGUAAGCCAGAGGAAAAAUGAAUCACAUGGAGUAAGAGGCUUGGAUUUUUGGCAA